AUGGAGCCCGCAAUCCAGUCCUCCGCCUACUCACCUCAAGAAGUCCGCCUGAUUCAUUAUGUGAUGCGGAAACAGUCAAGACCCGAGCAGAAGGUGUGGAUCUACCAGUACCGCAAUGGCGCGGAAAAGCCGUGGAAUUCUUUCUAUAGUUUUGCGGAGCUGGAAUUUUUCCAGGAGGAUUUCGAGGUCAUGAAUCGGGUGAGGAGUUGGGAUGCCCGGCAUAAGAAUGAUGUCUGGGUGGUGAAGUUCCUGCGCAAUGGAGAAACGAAUGGUCUUCCUUUGACGGAUGCGGAGAUGAAAGCUCUCACGGAAACACAAACACGGACUGAUGGCGUGUGUGUGGUUGGGAAGAUUAUGUUGGUGAAUAACGUGGUCAAGUUGAACAUGAGUGGGCGCACUCGCAUGAUUGACGCAUUUGAGACAGAGGAGAGGAGGAUGGAAGCACUGAGACGGUGGUUUUCUAUUGUGCUGUGA